GCUCCGCCCUACGCCAGUGCUGCUAGAAUUUCCGAUUCUCCUUGCUAUCCUCAGUACAGCGCUUCCCUCAAAUGUCUUGAGGUAAAUAGCUCAGAGAAGAGCAAAUGUCAAGAACAUUUCGAUGUUUACAAGGAAUGCAAGAAGAAAGAGCGGGAAGCUCGGUUGGAACGCAACAAGACACGGUCUUUCUUCUCAUGAAAUUAUCUUCAGGCAUUUUUCUUGAUGUUAAAAUUAUACAGAAGAACAUUAAAAACAUGGUAGACAAAUCAGACAAGGAUGCCUCUUAUUGGUUGCCUAAGCCUAAAUCUAGAACUGAUAUACAGUUUCAUGUCAGUGGGGUGCCCUUCAAUUUGGAUAGGGAUAUUAUAGUUCAAAAGUCAGGGAAGAUAUCGCAGUUACUGAAUGAGAAAUCUGAGGACAAUAUCCAAGAGUUUCUCAGAAACAUACCAGCUCAUCCAAAUACAUUUGAACUUGUUGCAAGGUUCUGCCAUGGGUUUCGUCUGACAAUGUCAUGUGAGAAUGUGCUUCCUUUAGCUUGUCUUGCUUUCUAUCUGGGGAUGACUGAAAGUCACAGCCCAAAUAAUCUGUUGAGCAAAGCACUUACCUUCUUUGAACAGAAAAUCCUCCCUAGCUGGAAUGAAACCAUUAAGGCUUUUCUUACAACAGAAGAUAUCAUGCAACAGGCAGUAGAUACAGGCCUUGUUGAUGAAUGCAUUGAAUCUUUGGUCGGUAAGGCAGUGAACAAUCCAUAUCUCCUUGGCGAACCGAUUGUGAAUUUCAUAAGUGAUGAACUCAGUGAGGAUGACGUGAUUCAUCACAAUCCAAGUGCAAGAAGAAAACUCUUUGUUUCUGAAUGGCAGUCCGAGGAUUUGACAAUUCUUCCUCUUUCAUUGUAUGAACUGACAAUUCAUUCUAUGAACCAGCAUGCUGUCCCGCCGAGAUUUGUAGCUGCAUCCCUUUUGAAGUAUGCAAAGAAGUGGGUGUUUUGCAGUGCCAAGGGAGAUGAAAAAAUGUCAGUAUGUAAAACAAACCGUCAAAGGGAAGUCAUAGAAGUAUUAGAAAGGCUAAUGCCUCAUCAGAAGGGACUAUUUCCUUGCACAAUAUUGUCUGAAAUGCUCCGGUUUGCUAUUCGUUUGGAAGCUAAUGCUGGUUGUAGAAAUGGACUUGAGUUGAGGAUAGGAAAGCAGCUUGAUCAGGCUACAGCAACUGACCUUUUAAUACCUUCUCGAGGCUAUGCUAAGGAAAUGCAUUACGAUAUCGAGUGUGUGAAGCGAAUUAUAAAGCACUUCUAUAGAGAUUAUGGUUCAAAUAUGGAAGGAUUAAUUGCCGCAGCAAAACUCAUUGAGGAAUUCUUGUUUGAGGUUGCUAGUGAUAGAGAUUUGGAGAUAAAUGCAUUUGUAUCAUUAGUUGAAAUGUCAAGUGCAGCAUCAAUGGGAACUGAUAGGAGCUCCGAUGGAAUAUACAGGGCUAUUGAUACAUAUCUGGACAAGCAUAGCUUCCUGACAGAAUCUGAGAGAGAAGAAGUGUGCAGAGGGCUGGACUACCACAGGAUGUCGGCUGAAGCGUGUGAACAUGCCGCCAAGAACCAGCGACUGCCGUUAAGAAUUGUGGUUCAAGUGCUAUUUUUGGUGCAAUUACAGCUACGUGAUGCGAUUGCGAAGGAUAUGCAUCGUACGGACAACAAAUUGACACAGGACGAGGUUGGAAAUGAUGGAGAGUUGAACUUAAGUGAAGGAAUAGUAAAAAAUGAAAUGGAGAAAAUGAGCAACAAGGUGAUAGAACUGGAGAAAGAGUGUCAUGUGAUGAGGAAAGAGAUUGAGGAAGGCUGCGUCCACAUGGUGAAAAAAGAGAAGACAAGCAUGUGGAGAGAAAUGAAAAGAAAGUUCGGUUGCAUAAAUAAGAUGAACAACUGCAACUGCCAAGUUAAAAAGAAAAGGGUUCAUCCAAAAUUAUGGACUUGACUAACAGGCAUCUGAUCAUUCUAUAAACUCUUAUGUAAUUAUUUGAUUUCACGUUUCUGAUUUGUCAUUUAACUCAUCUAAUUUAGUGAAUAAAUCUCCAAGUUCUUAGGCAUAAAGCCAAAAGAU